AUGAACAACUAUGAUGAUCGACCUUUAUCCUAUCACGAAUUUAUCAAAUAUAUGCUCAAUGGCCGCUUUUAUGGUCGCAAGACUGAUAUUGGCAAACGCUUUUUAAAUGUUUAUCACUGUCCAUCAACUUGUUUCGACCAUGACAAUAUCAAUUUCAAUGUUUUAUUCAAUCCAGAUAUGGCUCAUUUCGAUCCAAUGCAAACCAACCAAUGCCAAGCUUCAAGUACAACUGACAAUACCAAUAGGCAUAAAACGACUGUACCAAAUAGGAAGCGAAAUCAAAGCAAUCUUGCUCAACGCCAUGACGAUUCAAUCAAAUCGAGCAAAGGUAUAAAGAAGUUAGCUCAGAAACCACCAUUAGCACAUCAUAGCUCGCAACCACAAGUUGUUAGCAGUUGCCAAUAUCCAAAUGAGCUAAAUAAGGACUGUUUGAUGGAGGGCAAGGCUAAGUGUCAACGACCGAAAAAAUUCCCAACCAGUCAUGAUAAGAAGCAAUCCAUUCACGUCGGCAAGGAUGAUCAAGCGGAUGGAUAUCGGAAAGGGCCACGAGCACGUCAUGACUCACCAUCACUGGUUGGCAGGAACCAUCCGAACCAGCUAAAUGAAGACUGUUCUACUGAGGAGGAUGCUGAGCAUCAACUAUCUAAAAAAUUCAUAACGAGUAAUGAUAACAACCAAUCGACUGAUGUCGGCCAUGAUGAUCAAGCUGAAAGGUAUCCAUUUGACGUGGCAAAUGAUCACUUACGAAGUGAGAUAAACCUAUCUGUUAGCAAGCCUUUAAAUCAUAGUAGUAAGGAUAUUCACCAAUCUACCUCUAUGAGUAAUCACUCUAAUGACAAUGAUAAAGAUAGCUCUUCAAUUAAGAAAGAAGGUGGAAAAUUGAAUAAUUUAUCUGCUUUCAGAAAAUGUCAUCAUGAAAUGGAUAGUGAGCAAUGUGUAUCCGAUCAAUGGACUAUGUUUAUCCAUUUGCAAGGUUGGCAGCCAUUAGUAUCAGAUAUCGAUUGGAUAAGUGAUCAGUACAUGGCUUACGGUUUGCUUGCAUUACUUUUUGGCCAUGAAGAGAAUGGGACAUUGUAUAUAAAUUCUGUAAAAUUGAUUGGAUUUGUUUCUCUUGUCGAUUUAUCGGUUAAAGCAAUACUAGCAAAUCAAACUGAAGCGGAAAGCAUGCCGCUAAUCAAUUUUCUCCAAGCUGAGGGUAAACAGUUACAAAAUCAACCUGCAGCUUUCUCUGUUACCUCACCAGGUUUUGGUAUUCAUCUUCCUAAUAAUUUAAAACAAGCUAUGCUAGAGUCAUGCCAGACUGCAAUGGCUCCAUGCUGGUAUUCAAAAUUUGUCUACGUAGAUGCUUUCAGUAAAUUAGAGGACAGAACUCCGCUUAUAGAAGUCUUUGAUUUUUCAAGCGAUCAGGCAAAAGUUGUCAAUUUUCAAUUGGAAACGCCUGUUUUACAGUAA